AUGCUCUUCUUCCUUCCCCUCCAUGUCCUCCUCAGGCUUUCCACCGUCCCCGUAGCCACUGCUGCGGCUGACUCAUCCCUCGGCUCCAAGGCCCAGUCGCUCGCCGCACUGACGCUUCCGCCGCAGCAGCCUUCGUUUUCAACGUUCUCUCUCGAGCUGCUGCUGCCCCCCGCCUACCCAGUUCUUGCCACACCAAUCAACCUCCCGCCCCCAUGCGAGUCCGCGCUCCCGCCUUCAUCGAGCGCAGAGUGCUUCGCAUCCAGCAUGGAGGCGCUCAACGUGACGUUUGAGGACUGCGGCACGCCUUACACGAUCUGCCGUUGUGGUGACGCGGAGAUGACCAUGGAUACAGCUAUUCGGCGGCUCGGGCAGGUCCCCGUCGGACUGCGGCGGUAUGUCGCUACCGUUCUCGCGCUGGCGGAGGGCACCGGCGAGGCACGGGCGUAUACUGUAGAGAGUGGGGACAUACACUUCUUUGGCGAGUGUGAGCUGGAUACGUGGGUCCAUGAGUCAACCCAUGCGUACGACUUCGCCAACCCCAACGCAUGGCAGUCUUCCGCGGAGGGGUGGGCUCAGGCCAUCGAUGCUGACACCUGCGUGCCGGACCUGUAUUCCCAGACCAACAUAAUCGAGGACUUCGCCCAACUCUCUGUUAUCAUGAUUUACACCCUAUUACACAGCGGCUCGCUCCCUCCGGGCUUCUCCGCCGGCUGUAUGCAGCAUCAGCUCAACUUCAUGUCUGCCCUCGACGCAUAUGUGCCCGGCGUGCUUUUCGGAAACAACUGCAACAUUAUUGACAACGGGCCAACCGCACGGCAUACCGAGUCUCCAGCGACGCUUGACCCUUCCCGCACUUUUACAACGUUCCCGGUGCCGAAACAGCCCAGCCUGAGCAGCCUCCAAGAUAUGCCAACGGGAAUAAUCAACAGUGGAGGUGGAGCCGAUACCAACGGUGUGAUCCCGGCUAGCGGUGGCUUAGGGUGGACUACAAUUUACUGUUUGGGUGCAUUGAUCUGGCUACUGUAG